AUGGCCACCAACCCCAAGUACCAGCCUGCGCCGCAGCACGACCCUGAUGACUACACGCAUCCGCCGCCCCCCUACGCAGAGGCCUCAUCGCGCGACGAAAGCCAAGGCCUCUUCGGCCCCCCUCGCAGCAGCGAAGACAAUGUGCCCGAUGACUUCAAAUUCGGAGGCUCCGUGGCCGAGGCGACCGUCGACAUCCGGAACCAGUUCGUCCGCAAAGUAUACACCAUCCUGACGGUGCAACUCGCCGCCACCGCAGCUUCCCACCCCGGCCUCGUCUGGGCAUCUCUCAUCGGUGCCAUGGUCUUCAUGGGCCUCACCUACUGGAAGCGCAAGUCCUACCCCACAAACCUGCUCUUCCUCUUUCUCUUCACCCUGGCCGAAGCGUACUCCAUCUCCGUCAUCGUCUCCUUCUACAAGACGUCCAUUGUCCUCAACGCCGUCAUCUUAACGGCCGGUAUUUUCGUCUUCCUCACGCUCUUUGCAUGCCAGACCAAGUACGACUUCACCUCAUGGAUGCCAUAUCUCUUCGGCGCUCUCUGGGCGCUGGUGCUCUUUGGCUUCAUGGCCAUGUUCUUCCCCUACAACUCUACCGCUGAACUCGUGUAUGGAGGCGUCGCUGCCCUUAUUUUCAGCGCCUAUAUCCUUAUUGAUACCCAGCUUGUCAUGCGCCAUCAUCAUGUCGAUGAGGAGAUUGCUGCCGCCAUUAGCUUGUACUUGGACAUCAUCAACCUGUUCCUGGCUAUUUUGCGCAUCCUGAAUAGCCAGUCUGACAACUAG